CAGAUUGACUGUUUCCAAGGAGACCACCGAUACUAUCAAGUGCAGGGCUACUUGACAGUGCCGAGGGUUUCAGGCGAAGACCGUCAAGAUGUCAUUUUUAUUUGACUGGAUCUACAGGGGGUUUAGUAGUGUGCUGCAGUUCUUAGGUCUGUACAAAAAGUCGGGGAAGCUGGUUUUCCUGGGCCUGGACAACGCAGGUAAAACGACACUACUGCACAUGCUGAAAGAUGACCGACUUGGCCAACACGUACCUACACUGCAUCCAACUUCUGAGGAGCUUUCAAUUGGCGGCAUGACAUUUACUACAUUUGAUCUGGGAGGACACGUACAAGCUCGAAGAGUUUGGAAGAACUACCUGCCAGCUGUGAAUGGAGUCGUCUUUCUUGUAGACUGUGCAGAUCACGACAGGCUUAUAGAAUCCAAGACUGAGCUUGAUGCUCUCCUAGCAGAUGAAACAAUAGUUAAUGUACCGGUGUUGGUGUUGGGGAAUAAAAUUGACCGUCCUGAGGCCAUCAGUGAAGGUGGACUGAGAGGAGCUUUUGCUCUUGACGGACAACUUACUGGAAAGGGAAAUGUCUCUUUGAAAGAGCUGAAUGUCCGACCGCUGGAGAUUUUCAUGUGCAGCGUUUUGAAAAAACAAGGCUACGGGGAAGGUUUCAGGUGGUUAUCACAGUACAUCGACUGACAUGCAGGACUCAACCCUCACCAGAAGGGAUUUUCUCUACACGUUAUCGUCAAGCAUGACAAAGAAUUUGCCUCGUGUUGAUCAGCCCAAAUUUCCAAUCAUAUUAUUAAGAUCAUAUUCUUUUUAAUACUUAAAGCAUUUAGUGAGGGUUUCUAUGCAAACUUUUAAAAGUGGUUCAUGGUGAACUGUCCUACGUGUUUUAUUUAUGUGAGAGUUAACUAAGUUGUUUAAGCGCAUGGCAUGUUUAUAAGGUUACAUGCAUAAGUUACAAAAUGUCUGAUUACAAUACAUGAGCAGCCAUACAUUAUGCAAAAAUGUAGAUAUGUGCACAUUAGUGUUUAGUAUAAUGGAAUAGAUCAAAUGCUCAAGUUUGAAUUUAGUAAGUUUAUUAGUAAGUAAGUGAAGGAAAACUAAGGAUUUAUUGUGAGUGUGGUAGAAAGUUUAAUGCUUGUCUGACAUCGGGUUGAUUGAGUUUACAUUUAUAAAAGAUUAAUGAGACAAAUAACUGUUUACUAAAGACACAUACACACCAAAAAAACUCCAGAAGAUUCAUUUUAGUUAAUUUAAUCUGAUGAUAUGCAGUCUCUGCCUUCAAAGCAUUUAGCCAAAGAUGUACAUUAAUGAUUUUGGGAUUAGAAGGGAGAGAGAUUUGGACUUCAGCAAAAGAUAUUUACUCCAGAGCUAAAACAUCGUCAAAUCUCCUCGAGAAGCCAAAAAAGGGGGGAAAAACCAGCACAUCCCAUAAAUGAUGGUGGAACUGAGUCAAAUUGCACAGCUCACUGAUGAGUGUGCUGUGAAUUAUGUGCUGCUCACUUUCAGUGUCUUGGUGUAUUUGGUUGGUUUAUUGUUGUUAUAAAGACUUAAUCAUUUCCUGUAUGUGUUGACCUAAAGUGAUGUUGCACUGAUGGCAGCUAAUUUGAAGAUGUGUUUGUGUGGAUUGAAACAAGUUAAAGAUAUAUCUUCAUUAUCUUCAGCUCUGUGAUGUUCAGUACAGAACUGAAAGGUAAAAUGUUAAUAAGGAAGUUUAAUUACUUUAAAUGGCUGUCCAUGCUUUAGUACAUCAUGAAGGCAGCAAUAAUGCAUUGCCCUUAAAAUGUCAGGAAGCAAUAAAGUAGAAUAACCGACAAUGUAGCAGAGACAAUCUCACUCCACUGCAUUUCAGAGUAGGAAAGAAUAUACAUAGUUCUGAGCCUCUUUAUUGAAAUCAAAUCUGUUCACUUUAAAGCAGCAAUAUUUUAAGUAAGAGCAAAUAUAUACAUAUAUACAUAUGUAUAUAUGUGUGUGUGUAAUCAGCAUGUAACCUGUGCAGGUGCUGCAAGUAAUGUACUUUUUGACUGUCUUUAAAGAUAUGAGAGUACGCUUGCACCAAUUAAUACAUCAACCUACCAUUUAAUAUUCCACUCUUAUUCAGAUUACUUUUUUGAAUUUGUGCAUGUAUAUGUACAGUACAUCCUCAUUAUGAGAAACUGUUAAACAGAAAAAUGGGGAACAGAAACACGUGAUCAUUGUAUUCUGUUUAGUUUUUCCUGCAUCCCAUGUUUACAGGGUCAUAUUUUGAAUAUUCUAUUAUUUAAUAUAUGCAGGACUAUUUGUGACUGAGGUAUGAAGAUACAUAUGAAGCCGAUUUUGUACUGGGAGUCUUGAGUGUUUACUGAAAUAUAUUAUGCAUGUAAACAAACUGCUUUCCCUUUGAACAGUGUUCUGCACCGGUCGCUGAACUCCUGUAAAUUAUGUAUAAUACAGAUGUAAAUGUUUGUACAGUAACUGCCCUUUCACUGGCACCAUAAACCACUGGAGUUAUUUAUAAGUUAACAGACUGUAUUCAUGUGAGCAACUUGAAGGAGUAUUUACAGCAAAAUCAACUUGGAUGACGUCCACAAAGAAAUAUGAGGAGGGUUCUUGGUUCAAAUGCUGUAAUAAAACCAGCCUUUUUUAGACUCAACUGGGCAUGUGUUUUUGUUUUUUUACCUCAACAGCAAUCACAUGAUCAUAUCUCUCGUUCAAACAGGACUAGUGAAAUAUAUUAGUUUUAGGAAGCCAGCUUGUUCUUCCUAUGGCUUUACAGAAACAGUGCUACGGUAGCACUUGGAGCCUGUACAUUAUUCAAGGCUUGUCUCAUCAGAUCUUUUGCUCAACAUCUGUUACACGCUUUAGGCCUGACAGAAAAAACAUCAAGAAUGAAUGACAGAGAGAGGAAAAAGUUAUCUCAAGAUAAA